AUGAAAAUAAAACUUGUCUUAAAUGGAUUUGAGCAGCCUGAAGAUUAUAAAUUAUUGCAGACAACUUUAUCUACCGUCGCUUCUGUUCGAGAACAGGCAGUUUUAAGGUUUACUAAAAAUAGAUUAGUUAUUAUCUCCACUCCUAAACUUGCAGGAAUUUCAUCAAAUAAUGUGAAUAUCAAUAAUGGACAGCUUUGGUGUACUAUACCCAAUGAUGUGUUUAAAUGCUAUUUCGUAAGUUCAUUAAAAGACCGGCCUGUAUCUCUGGAAGUAAACUGCAAUAGAAUAUUGAGUGUAUUGAAGCAGUAUGAUAAAGCAUUAUCUCAAGGUUCCAUAACUGCAAUAGAUAUUAGAUUGCAAGAGAUUCGAGAAUGGAAAGAAAUAUAUAAUAGAGGCACGGAUAACCAUAACGUUAAUUCAGAGAAUCAAGAAAAUGAGAUUAGUGUGAAAAGAAGAAAUAUUUCCCCAAUAUAUAGUUUUACAAUGAGAUUCCAAGAAACCAUAAGAUCGAAAACCAUUGGUUUAAAGAAUAAAAGUGAAAAAGUUGUGAAUGAUGAUGUCAAUCUCAUAAAUAAGACUGUCAUACAUAAAUUUAUGAUCCCGGUGAAAAGAUUAUUGUGGGAACAAGAUGUAUCUUUAAAGGAACCGGUUAUUCAUGUUUCUCCAUUAGUAUUGAAAUUACCUUCCAGUUAUGGUGAAUUUGGUAGGCCCUUCCAGAGUUUCCUGAAAAGAAUUGGUAGAUAUAGCAAUGUCAAAGAUAUUCAACUAAACGCAAUUACAUAUCGAAAUGGAGAUGAUCCACAAUUAUUUUUAUCUGUAAAUCAAGUUGAAUGGGACAUAUCAAUUCAAUGGAACGGACCAUUAGAUGUUUCGUAUGAUCCGAUGAAAGAGGAAAACCAACUGAAUAACUUAACAGAAAGUGAUACUAAUCAUGGUGCCAUGUCUAAGAAUAGUAACAAUAAUAAUAAUAACAAUAAGGCUACUAACAGUGGUAGUGAUAGCACUGGUACUCUUCAUGUAGCUCCAAAGGGUAAUCAAACAAUAACAGCACCAUUUGAAAAGAAUGAUAGAAGAUAUAUGUAUCAUGAUGAAUAUGAAGAGGAUGCACUAGAAGACAGUGAGAUGGUAGGUAAUGGAACAAUGUUGGAUAAACAUGUCUCAGGCGCACAUACCUCUUCUGGAGAAAAUCCAUUGCAGGAAAUAUCAAGAUUAGUAGAACAAGCAGAAGAAGAUAAUAAAAUACAAUACAGUGUCAAACUGAAACCAAGAGACUGGAAAGUUUGUACAAAAUUGUAUACUAGUUUUGAUCAAGUUCUAUUAGCAAUUGCACAUGAUCAAUGUUGUAUACUUCAUUGCUCGUUAGAGAGAGAGCCUGGAUUAAGUGAAGAAGAUCAGGACGAUGAAAACUCUCAAAUUAGUGAUAGUUCAAGUUUGAAAGAAAAAGGUCAGAUUAUCUAUUACAUGUUGAAGAGCAAAUCAUUGCAAGUAUCGUGA